AUGAGCACCAGGACAUCGGUCUACUUACAGCUGAGAAGGCACAAGAUCAAGAGAAUCUCCGACAAGACAGGGAUCUCUGAAGAAUCGCUGGAGGAAUUUGAUGCACUGUACAGAAAAUGGUGUUUGAAACAUUACCAUGAGAGAAAAUAUGAAUAUUCCGAGGUAGAAGUAAGAAGCUUUAAAGGGGAGAUCAGUUCUCCAGAGGUAUGUCAGAACUUUGAUGCCAUCAUGUCGUCCUAUUUCUCCAUAAAGAAAACAAAGAAGCAUCUGGACAUUGUCAAUGUCUACUGCCACAGACACAGAAGUGAGCAGGAGUUUGCAGCUGCAGGCAGCAUCUGCGAUGAUAUCAUCACAUCAAAUAGAAGGACACGAGGAGGAAACAUUCUUCGGGAUGUGCUGCCAUCACAUUUCAAGCGUGAAGAUACUGAUGGAAGUGGGGAUGAAGAUGAAAAUGAAGUGGAAUAUCUAUUUGAGGAAUUUGUAGGAGUGAUUUCCUUCAUACCAGGAAUACUGUACAGUACUGAGAGAGAUGUGUUUUACGAUACAAUAGAGGAGAUUCAUGAACUCUUUGUAUUAAAAAGCAUCUUUUAUGAUAUACAUGAUGUUUUUUUGGAACCAUGUAUUGAAACUAGACUGGACGAUAAGGUUUUGGAAUCACUUGUGUCACAGAUGAAGAGAGAAACUUCUCUGAAGGACCAAGUAAAAUUCCAACAACCCAAGAGUCUUUAUGUCCUACCAUCCUUGCUGCCUAAACUGAGGCCCAAAGAGAUUAUAUUGGAAUUUGGAUUUCCAAAUGCAACAGUUUCACAACUCAGUGAAACUCUGAAGUCUGCCGUCGAUAACAUUCGUAUAGUGGUUGAUCUUCAGAUGCGUCUAAGUGAGUGCACACAACUUCCAGGACAGGAGGAGGAGGAGGAGGUUUUGCCUCCAUUGGAUAUGCUAAGAUUGACCAUUCAUGAUGAUGGAUACAAAGACGUAGAGAGCCUGAGGAGGCCCUUUUCUCUCGCGACUCCACCAAAGGAAUUACUGAGAUUAAGAUACGUAAUGUCUGAAGCUUCUCGGGGGGAGCGUUUCAUCGCCAACGUCAUAAACAGAACGUUUCCAACAACCAGGGAAGAAGGAGGAGGAGGAAGAGGCUCCACUGAUUUAGAUAUGGUCUUAAAUGAAGGUCCUGCUCCUGACAUAAAGCUCCUACUCCAGUCGCUGACUGUUCCUUCUCCGCCUCUGAGGAAAAUAUGGAUUAUUUUGCCUUUUGAUACACCGAAUGAUGAUGAUUAUGAUGUGGAAGAAUUGAAACGACUCUGCAAGAACAAGGAAGUGAAACGCUUAAUGGUUUCUAAUGGUCCACAUGAUGUUAUGGUGAAUGCUGAUAGUGAAGAAGAAGAAGAAGAACAACAACAACAACGAGUAGAAGAGAGAAAAAGGGAAGAAGGAGAUAAAGAAGAAGAAGAAGAAGAAUUACAACAACAAGCAGAAGAAGAAAAAAAGAGAAAAAGAGAAGAAGGAGAAGAAACGGACGAUGAAGAAGAAAAAAAGAGAAAAAGAGAAUAAGAAGAAGAAGAAGCAGAAGAAGAAGAAAACGGAUGAUGAAGAGAAGAAAAACAAAGAGGAGAAGGGAGGGUGGCUUCACAAGACAUCAUUCAAACUCCCACUGCUGAGUCAGGGAGGAGGAGGGGGAGGAGGAGGAGGAACAGGAAGACUUCCCUAUGAGAAGCCACUGAAUAUACCUGUAUAUCCCCUUCUGUUUCAACACCUCCCCCUCCCCCUCUUCCUCACUAGCACUUCCUAGGCCUUCCUCCCGCCCUCCCAUUGUUCCCACAUGACCUGAAAUAAGCUCUCUGUCUGCUCCAUCUUCCUUUUCUGUGCUUCUGUUUGUUAUGCUGUCUUGCUGUCACCCACAGGAAAGGAGAGGAACUGCUUCUCUCUCUCUCUCUCUCUCUUUCUCUCUCUCUCUCUCUCUGAUGUUCCUAAGUGGUGGUUUCGAGAGACUGCAUAAAUAAUCAAGAGAUAGUAUGCUUUAUUCCAUUGUUCAGUUGUAUUAUUAUUAAGGCUAUAUUC